AUGGAGUCAUGUCCAAAGGAUGUUGGAUUUCAUCUACAUGUGGAUUUAAUGCAAGUUACAUUAUUAGCACCUGGAAAAGUAUAUGGAGUUCAACAAUUAGAAAAUAAGGAUUAUCCUAAAUUAUAUAAAAUUUAUCAGCAAACAAUUGAAGAACUUAAACCUGGACUGAUUUUUUGUGAAGCACUCUUUAAUCUUGCAUGUUUUGAUGUUGCUUAUCAAUUAAAUAUACCAAUGGUUUCAUUUAAUACUGACUUUAUGGUUGUUAAUCUACCAUAUAUUUCUGAUCCAAUGAUUGAAUGUAAAAUUUAUAUGGAAAAUGAAUCAUUUUGGAAUAGAUUUAAAUGUGAAAUACUUAAACCACUGAGACUAUAUUAUACAUUUUAUUCACAUUCAAAUGAUUUAAUCAAUACAGAAUACAAUUGGGUACCACAACCUUCAUCUCCACUUUAUUUGGAUAUUUGUCCAAUUUUACCAGAUUAUAUACAACCAUUAUCAUCAGAACUUGUGAACUUUUUAUCAGAGCAUCCUUGA